AUGCUAACUUUGUGAUGAGGAAAUGAUUCCUCUGCCUCUGCUGCGUUGGCUUCCGAGCCUCGAUCACGCGGCAGCUCGACGUCCCAGGUGGUGUAGUUUUGCACAUCACUUUGUGGAGUAGAAGGGGCAGCAAUGAAUGAAAAUCAGAAGCCAGAUGAGAAGAAGCCAGUAAAAAAUGCAGUUGAUUUACAGAAACUCAGGCUUGACAAGCUUUUCAAGAACAUUGACCGGCCAGUGCAUCUGCCAGAGGCGUCCAAGUCGCGCACUUUCUCGGCGGCGCCCGAGUUUGUGCGCAACGUGAUGGGCUCGAGCGCUGGCGCCGGCAGCGGCGAGUUCCACGUGUACCGGCAUAUCCGGCGGCGAGAGAACGCCCGCCAGAAGUUCAUCGCCGAGGAGGCCGACAAGGAGGACAAGGACAUUGCAUACCAGAAGAAAAUGGAGGACAACAAAGUCUGGACAGAGGAGCGAACUGCCAAGAAGCGCGCCAAGCGUCAGAAGAAGAAGGCACGGCAGCAGAGCAAGGGAAAGCGUCCCAGGGUGGCGGCUGUCGCACCGGAGGAGGGUGAUGACACUUCGGACUCGGAAGAGCAGGACAGUGACGCUGCCCGCGCGUCAGGCCACGCCGGCGGCAGUGUGUCCGAGGCGGGGAAGGGACCUGUGGACAGUGUGCCAGAGGCCAACGCAAGCAGUUGUGAUGGUGUACCUGAGGAUGGUUCAGGUGACUAUGACCGACCCAAGGCCAAUACUGGCAGCUGUUACAGUGUGUCUGAGGUGAAGUCAGGCUGUUAUGACAGUGACCCUCAGGCUGCAUCUGAAUCCAAAGCAGGGUAGUCAACAGUGGAAGUGAAGCCAGAUCAUUGUAUUUUUGGAUGUGACACAGCGUUUUACGUGGAUUGGCUGCGCACCGACAGUUCCUGUUGUGGACCACGUAGAUAGUCGUGGAAAAACAUUUUUCGUGCUGUGGUUCACUUCUGUCCGAAUACCGAAUGACUUUUCAGCUCGUGUUUAGCCGAUGCUGCAACGAGCAAGGAUAGUAUUGCUGAACGUCGUCGAACCAAGCCAUUGUGAAAUGCGCAUUUCUCGUACACUUUGCAGUACAUGAACGUGGGUGUCAUUCUGCCGUCUCCUGGCGUGGUUGACGGUUGGGGUGCGUGUGCAGCGUGUUUGUAAAUGUCGAAUGUGGUCGAAAGAAUGUCACAGGUACCUUCAGAGGACUUUGACUGGAGAGUGGCCUGUCGCCUAUUUCCUGACCCCAAGGAGCGUUGUUCUUCGGCGUCGCGUUCACGCAACACGUAGAGAACACACCAAAUGAAAUAGCGAUGCAUAAUGGCUGAAAUGGAAAGUGCCGUGCAAUCUUUUGAUAAACAACGUGGUUGCCAUCGGCAUGACUUCUGCAUUGUGUUGCUCGGUGGGCAUCGGGUCCAAAGUCAGUCUAAGUUAUCAUUGUUUGUAUUGGUGUGCAUAAGUUAUCGCAGUAGAACAGUUGGCUAAUACACAUGAGAUAUGGA